AUGCGUGCUUCCCCACAACAACAACAACAACAACAACAACAGCAGCAGCAACCACAGGGGUCCUCGUCAUAUUCGCAUCUUUUACCUACAGAACUAUUUUAUUACUUAUCCUUCUUACCAUCACUUCAAUCCACAAUCAAUACGUUUAUGACAUUCACUCCAUUGUUCAGUUAUGGAACCACGUGCUAUUCGAUAUACCGGAAACGUACAUCGCGUGGUUUUAGUAUCGAUAUCUGUGGCACGAUGUUUUUAGCGUCGAUAUUGCGUUGUUUUUAUUACGUCUGCUCGCCCUUUGAAAUUACUUUGCUAAGACAGAGUUUGGUAAUGAUUGGGAUUCAGAGUGUGUUGUUGUAUAUUAGUCUACGUUAUCGUGAAGGAUCUAAUGGUGAUGUAGUUGUAGCAGGAGAUGGGCGUGGAAGAGGAGUUAUUGGGGAAACGUAUGAUCCUGAAUUAUUAUCGCCAUUGCCUUCGUUUAAAACAGAGCUCAAUCGAGAUUUGCCACGCCGAAUGUCGUCAUCGACACUUAUAACUAAUCAUGUUGAUUAUUCCAAGGAGGGAUUCUCCAAAUAUACAUUAGACACAGUAUUGAGUCAGCUUGCGCUCUACAAGGCGUAUUUAGUUGUUGGUUUCAAACAAACACUACGUUUGUUUGAUGUGUACUAUCGUCGGCCAGGUUUGUUUUGGCAAUGGUCAAAGCAAUCGACGUAUUGGUACUUUCUUUUAUCUUUUACUGCAUUUAUUGGAAGUUUAACUGCAAUUUUCCAUGAUUCAACGACAUAUGCCAACAUUAUUGGGAUAUCUGGCUUAUUUAUCGAAUCGUUGUUGCCACUUCCACAAAUUCUUAUGUUGAAUAGGUUGAGAUCUGUUGAUGGGUUUAAAGUGUUGCUUUUGUUAUCAUGGCUCGGUGGCGAUUGCACGAAAUUGUCGUAUUUGCUUUAUGGCACUGAUGAUGUUAGUGUGAUUUUUAUUCUCGCAGGGUUGUUUCAGAUGAGCUUGGAUAUAUUUAUCGCUGUGCAGUAUGUUACGUUGAAAUAUUAUUAUGACCAAUUUUGGAGAAGAGACAAUUAUGUUCCACUUGGACCUGUUGUUGGGGGAGCUGGUGUGAAUGCGUUUGCCAAUACGAAUGGCAAUGCAAGUAGAAAUUCAGAAAUGGGACCAAAUUCAGAUGCACGUUUUGGCACAAAUGUUGACUCCAUUGAUGACAUUGUCGAUGAAUUGAUGAAUUCACAAAGAAAUGGAGCAGGAGGCCAAGGUGGAAGCGGACGUGGAGGUGGCGGUGGAUUUGGAAGUGAAGGUGCAGGUGGAUUUAGAGUAGGAGAAGGAUUCAAUGGCGAAAGUGAGGGUGAGAACAUAGAGAUGAAUGUAUUUGAUAAGGAUUUCAAAAGAGUUCGUAGUCGUUCUAGAUCCCGGUCAAUUAUCGGUUCGCAAUAG